CCCCCCCUCCCGCCCCGUUUCCCUGGCCCCUCCCUCUCUCCAGCCCGAUCCGCCCGCCGGCUCCCCCUCCCCCGAUCCCUCGGGUCCCGGGAUGGGGGGGCGGUGAGGCAGGCACAGCCCCCCGCCCCCAUGGCCGCCCGUCGGAGCCAGAGGCGGAGGGGGCGCCGGGGGGAGCCGGGCACCGCCCUGCUGGCCGCGCUCGUGCUGGGCCUGGGCCUGGCGCUGGCCUGCCUUGGCCUCCUGCUGGCCGUGGUCAGCCUGGGAAGCCGGGCAUCGCUGUCUGCCCAGCAGGAGCCUUCCCAGGGGGACCUGGUGGCAGAGGAGGACCCCGACCCGCUGGACCUGAAUCCCCAGACAGAGGAGCGCCAGGAUACCCUGCCUUUCCUGAAACUGGUUCGGCCUCGAAGGAGUGCACCUAAAGGCCGGAAACCACGGGCGCGCAGAGCGAUUGCAGCCCACUAUGAAGUUCACCCACGACUGGGACAGGAUGGAGCGCAGGCGGCCCCCAAAGGGCCCCCGGGAGACAUGGGGGGCCCAGUCCGAGAGCCGGCACUCUCAGUUGCCCUCUGGUUGAGUUGGGGGGCGGCUCUGGGGGCUGUGGCUUGUGCCAUGGUUCUGCUGACCCAACAAACAGAGCUGCAGACCUUAAGGAGAGAGGUGACCCGGCUGCAGAGGACCGGCGGGCCCUCCGAGAAGGGGGAAGGGUAUCUGUGGCUGAGCCUCCGGGAGCAGAGCUCUGAUGGCGUGGAAGCCCGGGAGAAUGGGGAGAGAUCCCGGAGAAGGAGAGCAGUGCUCACCAAAAAACAGAAGAAGAAGCGCUCAGUCCUUCAUCUCGUUCCCGUUAACAUCACCUCCAAGGAGGACUCUGAUGUGACAGAGGUGAUGUGGCAACCAGCUCUCUGGCGUGGGAGAGGCCUGGAGGCCCAAGGAUAUGUCAUUCGAGUCUGGGAUGCUGGAGUUUAUCUGCUGUACAGCCAGGUCUUGUUUCAUGAUGUGACUUUCACCAUGGGUCAGAUGGUAUCCCGGGAGGGCCAGGGAAGGCAGGAGACUCUAUUCCGAUGUAUACGAAGCAUGCCCUCCAACCCCGACUGGGCCUACAAUAGCUGUUACAGCGCAGGUGUCUUCCAUUUACACCAGGGGGAUACCCUGAGUGUCAUAAUCCCCCGGGCAAGGGCGAAACUUAGCCUCUCUCCACAUGGAACCUUCCUGGGGCUUGUGAAACUGUGAUUGUGUUGUAAAAGGUGGUUCUGAGCUUGGAAGACCAGGGUGGGUUCAUUUUGGAGACAGCCCAGAGCUGACCAGACAAAGGACAGGGAACAGUCAGGAACAGAGGCCUCUUCUGGGUUUGACUGGAAUCCCAGGUUUGACAGCUCGUGACUCUCCCUUCCUCUCUUCUCCCCCCCACCGCACCCCCAGGACUUCGAAUUCAUGGAUAUUAAAGAGGUAGUAGAAUA